AAGUAGUCAAAUGUGUAAAUGUGAACACAUCAAAGGAAGUGGCCGUGAAGGUCUUGAAAACACAGAACAGCGUAGUCAACACAAGAGAGAUAAAAAUGCUCAACACAGUGGCCGUUCUCGACCCAGCCAAGACCAACUUGCCCCUGUUCCUCGGGUGGUUUAUACACACUGGAAUAACCUGUCUCGUUUUCGAGAUGCUGGACAGGAGUCUCCAUCAACUGUUGUUGGAGAGGGAGGCCGAGCCACUGUCCCUGCACGAGAUACGUCCGAUUGCACAGCAGCUGCUGACAGCCUUACACGCCCUGAAAAGCAUCGGCGUGGUUCACUCGGACCUAAAGCCAGACAACAUAAUGCUGGCCAACCACGGCGAGGAGCCCUUCAGGGUGAAACUGAUCGACUUCGGCGGGUCCUUCUCCACCUCCGAGGACGUACACGGGUGUCUGAUCCAACCGCUGGGCUACAGGGCCCCAGAAGUCACCCUCGGCCUCCCCAUCUCUGAGGCCAUAGACGCAUGGGGUCUCGGCUGCCUGCUUGUGUGGCUGCGCCGCGCCAGCCACCCGUUUUCCAUACGCUGCGAGUACCAGUCCAUGAAGGAUAUUGUUAGAAUCAUCGGCCAGCCUCCUGGUCACAUGAUCAAGGCCGGUUCCUACAGCAAAAAAUACUUUCUGAUGAACCAGCACUGGUUGCAGCCAGCAAUGCGCCUGAAGACUGAGAAGGAAUACGAGCGGGACACCGGCAUCAAGCCUUUAGUCUGCACGAGGUCUUUGGAUAGACUGAAUGACCUGAUAACACUCGACGAGGAGAUGCUGAGCAUUGAGCUGGAUGACCAGAUAGAGUUUGUGAGAUUCCUUAAAUCCCUCCUCCAAACGGACCCUGUGAAGAGGAUCACUCCCAGGGAGGCUCUCCGGCUGCCCUUCAUCACGAUGGCCCACCUGGAGGACGAGUUGGACACCAGCGAGUAUGUGAAAGAGUCCUUCCGGAAAAUGCUGGUCUGCCCAACCAAGGAGUCAGAAGAGGAACAACCUUCUGAAAACGAGACCUUAGCUGACAAGCCACCCGACAGGUGUCCACGACUUACAGCCGGGCUGAAGAGAAUCCGGAAGUUCUUCGGCAGGGUUAUGAGGGUUUGUUUGUGUUGCAAGAACAGUUAAUUCUAUGUCUUGGUUUGCAGAGUAACUUACAAUGCAGCCUUUUUGAAAUGAUGUGAAUGAAUCUGUUCUGUACGGAUGACACCAUGACAGUUUGAUCAUCACAAAAAUAACCUGUUCUAAUAAAA